AUGAAGCCGUACUUUGCGUGUUCGGUGACCCUCGCCGCAAUUGUGGCCUUCAAUUUCGGUCUUAAUACCGUGAACUUCAACGCGUCUAAGGAAUUUGCCACCGUCGACUUCGGCUGGUGCAAGGGAGAGGGGAAUGCGAAUGAGUACGAGUGCACUAAGGCUACUCUCUACGGGUCGCUCAUUGGCGGUGGAUCCUUCAUUGGCGGUAUUCUGGGAUCGUUGCUGAUCGGUGUGAUUUCCAAGUACGGCCGAAGGCGCGCAAUGAUCAUUAUUCACGCGAUCAACAUUGUUGGCUCGCUGAUCAGCACGGCUGCGCAGUGCUUCUCCAUGUUGCUGCUUGGCAGGCUCAUUGCCGGUGUCUCCGUUGGUAUGUCCGGUAUGAUUGCCAUCUACCUUACCGAGAUCUGUACCGUCGAGAACCGUGGAACGUACGGCACGGCGUAUCCCAUGUUCAUCACCAUGGGACAGCUGCUAAUGUCCGCGUGGCAGCUUCUGCACAUGCGCGUUCUCGGCGCCACUGAAAAUGCGGCGGGUGCCGACGCUAUUACGAUGAUGGAUCGGUUCGUGUGGAGGAUGGCGCAGUUCUGGCCUGCCGUGUUCAGCAUGAUCGCGCUGGCGAUCAUUUACGUCGUCGUCAAGCACGACACCCCGCACGUGCUGCUGCAGGAAGGCAAGGAGGAUGAGGCCAAGGAGGUCAUCGAGUUGCUACACGGUUCGGAGAAGGCGGACACCGUUUUCGCCGAGGUGCGUGGCGACGUCGAAGCGCUGCAGAGCGCCUCCACGUCGUUGGGUAUCAUUGCCGCAUUGAAGGUACCCAAAUACAGGAGAGCCAUCUUCAUCAUUUGUGGUCUGUCCAUUAUGCAACAACUUUCGGGUAUCAACGUUUUCGUGGCGAACGCUUCGAAGCUGUUCGUCAGCAUCAUGGGACGCUCGUUCACGGCCAGCGCCAUGUCCUUGGCUGGCGUCGCCGCCCUGUUCGUCACCACGCUGUUCCUCGCCUUCGUCAUUGACAAAUUCGGACGCAAGACGCUGUUCCUCUUCGGUAUUGCGGUCUCGUGCGUUUCCAUGGUUCCCGCUGUCAUCAUCAAGAUGUCCAGCGCAGAAAAGUGGGCCAGUUACGUCAUGGUUGUUGGUUGCAUCGGCUUCAUGAUCGGUUUCGCCAUCGGUUUCGGUGGCAUCAUGUGGCUGUACUUCGCCGAGGCGCUCGGCACUGAGUACAAGGAUGCGGCAUUUGGCGUGGCCACGUCUGUGAACUGGCUGUUCGCCGCCAUAGUCGUCAUCAGCUCUGACCCCCUGCUGGCGUGGAACGACAAAGUUGCCUACAGUUUGUACACGGGCUUCGGUUUACUAGGUUUCGCGUUUGUGUACUUCUUCCUCAAGGAGACAAAGGGCAUGCCCCUGGGACAAGCGUUCGCGUAA